AUGCCAGUUGGAACUUCAUCACUUAGCAUUAAAGCUCUCCCACUAGAAGUGAUUCAUAAGGAACGAAACACAACCUUUUCGCAAAUGUUGUCACCGUCAUCAAUUUUGCCCACAACAUCCCUUUUCAAAUUGCAUAUUUCAACAAAUUCCAAUACAAAAUUAAAAUAUGAAAUUAAUGUACAACAAUCAAAUAACCUUAUGCAAAGAUCGGGAUUAUUUUAUGAUUUAUCAACGCAAUAUAAUCAUUACGCUUCUCAAACUUCUUUAGAAGAUCAUUUAGCGAAUUCUAAUGGAUUUGCCAACAGUCCUUCAUUAGAAGAUUUGGCACAAGAAGCUAAUGGGUUACCAAUGUUAUGUAUUGAACUUCCAAAUAUUCCGAUUGGAAUAAUUGAGGAUUUGUUACAGUGGUUAUUUAAUAAUACUGAAAUCAAAGCGGAUGAUAUCUUGGCUUCUACUUUGGCUUCAAACAUUCAAUCAACUAGUGAUUUCUUCAGUUUAUUAAAUUUCAUCACUUUAUUGGAUUUAUUUGAACCUUAUUGUAGCGUAAUUGAUGAAAUUUUGGUUUGGUAUUAUUUCGGUUUAAAUGAGAAAGAAAGGAGUAAUGAAAUUUUGAAGAAUGAAUCAUUUGUUGAAGGGGUUAUUCCCGCUAGAUUUGUUAAAAGGUUGGCCGAAUCCGUCAAUGAAUUUGAAGAAAAAUUUAUUUUAUCAAGUUUCUUUAGGGGAAAGGUUCCUACCGAAGAAACCUUUUCGGAAAGAUUUGUCGCUGAUCCCAGGGUUGUUAAUAAAGGACGGGAAAGUGAAUUUGAAGAAAUAUUUCUAAACGAUGAUAACGUUACGAAAGCUCAUAAACGUGCGUCGAAGCUUUCUCCUCUUGAUCUCGCCGAACCUCCUACCCCAUUGGGUUCCGCUUACUUUUGCAUUAAUCCAAAUAUUCCCUUUUCUCCAACGUUUCAACGCCUUCUUUCCCAUACUCCAAAAAUCACAAAAUUCACUUUCUCAACUUCCCCUUCGUCUGAUAUAUUUGAGGAUGUACCUUUAACCGCUGGAUUGUCUGUACCUCCAAAUACGCCCAAUUCAUCAGUCCACCCUUUCGUACCUCCAACAAAUGCGCCAAAUCCAUCAUUUCGCUCUGUAGUACUCACAAACACACCAAAUUCAUCAGUUCACAUUGUCGCACCUCCAAAUACUCCCAAUUCACCUUUUAAUAAUAUCGCUCCUCCGAAUUCACCAGCAACCCCAUCAUUUUUUACUCCAAUAGUUCCUCCAAAUACUCCAAACGCUCUAAUUUCACCAACGACUACAACAUCAUAUUCUGCUAUUAAAAUUAAUGGUCUAUUAUCUCCUACAUUAAUUUCCAUUUCACCUUCUUCAACACCAAUCACAGCACCUCCAAAUACUCCAACUUCUCCAUUUAUUUUUCAAUCAAAUAAUAAUUAUAAUUAUAAUAAUGUUAAUUGUGGUAACAAGAACUUUUCCAGGAAUUCACGUGAAAAAAAUGUUACCAUUAAUUCAGUGUUGGCCAAUUCAUUAAAUAACUUGUAUAAAUCAUAUUGA